ACUUCGUCAUGGAUCUUAAAGCGGACUCGGAGGACAUGGACUACAAGCGGCCGGCUCCUAUCGAAGUUUUCGCCAGCAGGUCCACGCUGCACGGCAUCUCGCACAUGUUCACUUAUGAGCGGAUGUGUAUCAAGCGCAGUCUGUGGAUCCUGUUCUUCCUGGGCUCCCUGGGCGUGCUGGUGAUGGUGUGCGUGGACCGGGUGCAGUUCUACUUCCAGUACCCUCAUGUCACCAAGCUAGACGAGGUAGCAGCUCCGAUGAUGGUGUUCCCCUCGGUCACCUUCUGCAACCUCAACUCGUUCCGCUUCAGCCGAGUGACCCGCAACGACCUGUACCACGCUGGGGAGCUCCUUGCCUUGCUCAACGGCAGGUAUGAGAUCCGGGACCCACACCUGGUGGAGGAAAAUGUCCUGCAGAUCCUGAAGGAGAGGGCUGACUUUGACAACUAUAAGCCCCGCCCCUUCAACAUGCGUGAAUUCUACGACCGAACGGGACACGACAUCAAGGACAUGCUGCUUUCCUGCUACUACCGUGGGCAUGGAGUGCAGCGCCGAGGGACUUCAAAGUGGUGA